AUCGAAUCGAAUACCUUCGGAAGUGUGUUUUUAAGCGUGGAACACAUUGCUGUCAUUUAAAGGACCCGGCAAAUCAUGGCUUGUCCAACAUUUAUUGAUAUCACGGAGGAGGAACAGAUGGCUGAACUGAGAGAAUUUCUUCACCGAAAAGGUGAAAAAAUAACGAAGGAGUAUGAGAAGGAGGGUGGUAACUUAUGUGACAAUUUAAUGGAGAUAAUGGAUGCCUCUCGUAACAUCGUUAAUGAGGCCAGUGAUACCGUACAAGAAUAUGAAAGUCUUUUGUACAGUUUGGUUUCUUUAGUUGUUUAUGUUCCGUUUCCGGAUAAUGAUCUGUUGAAAAUCGAGAAAUUUUGCGAAGUCUUAUCAAACCCUGAGAAUCAAAAACCAGGAAAACACUGUGAAUCUAGGCUUAGAGUAUUACAAACCCUUUACAAGAGUUUGUCAACUAACGGUCCUCAGAGAUAUAUUGUAUACAAAGCAAUGCUUGGAAUUGCAAUGGCCAUACCAAACAUGAGUGCAAUAAUCACUGAUGUAAAAAAGCUUGGUAAACUUUUUGAAGAAUGGAAUGUUGGAGUUGAAGAGCAGAGAGAAUUAUAUAUGAUCAUACAAAAAGGAUGGUUAAAAGUAAAUCUUCCCAACAGAGCAAUGAAGACAAUGUUAGCCUAUUUGUCAACUUUUGAAGCUGAAGAUUCUAAAAAAGCAACAAAAGAAGCUGAAAAAUGCAUAUUUAUCUUAAUUAAUGAUCCUAGAUACUUUCUUAUGGAUCAUUUGUUGAACUUGGAACCUGUUAAGGCUUUGAAAGGCUCUCUAAUUUUUGAAUUGCUACAAAUCUUUAUUCAUCAACGAGUUGCCCAAUACCUUGAUUUCUAUUCUAAAAACCAGGAAUUUAUUGAAAUGAUGAAACUCAAUCAUGAACGCAAUUUGAAAAAGAUGAGGAUUCUUACUUUAAUGCAAAUAGGAGAAUUUAACAGAGUUGUAGAUUUCUCCACAUUAGAAAGAGAAUUAAAAUUGGAAUCGGACCAAGUAGAAAAUUUUGUAAUAGAAGCCACUGCUUGUAGAGCCGUAAACGUAAAAAUUGACGAAAUGAAUAAAAAGAUCGUUAUCAAUAGCACUUUACCUAGGGCAUUCGAGAUGAAACAAUGGCUAAAUCUACAAAACCAAUUGAAAAAUUGGAAAUGGCAGUUGAACACCGUAAAAAAUUUCCUCGCUGUCAAGAAAGAGAAACCGAAGAAAUCGAAUCAAUCGCGAUACGCUCCUGAACGCUAAUUAACUAUUAGUCAAUUCUCUGUUUUUUUUCAAGGGCUUGUAUUAAAAAGAAUUUAUUAAAAUGUAAACAUUGUGGAAUUAUGGUUUUGCAGUUGUUAUAGGUUCCGGAGAAUAAGUUCCACACGGGGGUGGAACAUCUCUUGGCCAGUUACAAAGACUAUCAUAAACAUCCCAUGUCAGACCUGUUCCGGGAUUAAGUAAUUAAAAUGUAAAUAUAUAUAAAAAAGAGAUAUAUUACCAUCAGGACAACACUGAGUUCCCAUGUUUUGUCCAUCUUGACACGUGUAGUAGCACCUACAGUUCAUUUCCAAAAUUGGAUAUCUCCCAUCUGGAGUAUUUCCACAACUUUUCUCAUUUCCACAAGGCGGAGGUGUAUUCACAGGAUCGUCACAUUGACCCUUAGCGUGAUUGAAAACUCUUGGUCUUAUGCAAUAGUUGGCAAUAGGCGACCCAUUUCUGCAAAUUUCAUAAUACUGACAACCAGCAUUUACUAUUGUAUCAUCAGGUUUAUUAAUGCAUUCAUUGGCAGAUGCAAAUCCGACUACAAAGAAAGAAAAAAAGUAAUCCUUUAUCUUCAAUAAAAGAUAUACAACCUAAACAAAGCAACAAUGUAAUCUUAAUCAUAUUUCUCUCUGUUUUGCUUCAGAGGUUAGCGUUAGGUUGAAUACGCCGUUCGCCUCUUUUAUAGAGGCUUAAUUAUAGCCAGCGAAGAUAACAGAUGCUAAGUUAUGUUCACACAUGCUUAAAAUGCUACUUUUGCCAAAAAAUAUAUUCUUCCUUGGGAAUUACCUGAUUGUGUCAAAUAUAACCUUCAAUUAUCAUUAUCAAAACAUAGAUACAGUAUAUUUAUAUAUAUAGCCUUUAAAGUAAUUUUUAUUUU